AUGCCACGCUCAAGCGCGCCGUCGAGCCAGCGCAAAGCAGCCAAGACAAAGGCUCAGAAUCCUGCCGACAAUAGCCCGUCAAUCAUCUUGUGGCGAUUCUUCGGCACGGGACAAACUGGAAAAACUCGACUUCACGUGAUCGCCAAGAUGAAAUGCGGAGAUGAAACGCUGAGACAGGUUUAG